AUGGCGGCAUCGAACAGCAAAGGACAGCGACUGGAUGUGUGGAUUUUCUUUUGUCUGUCGCUGCUGGUUGUGAUUCAACUGGAUGGAAUCGCUGCUCAAAUCCGGUAUUCCAUCCACGAAGAAGGGAAAUUAGGGACGCCAGUGGGAAACGUGGCCAAAGACCUUGGAUUAGAUCUUGGGCGACUGGUGGAAAGAAACCUCCGUGUCGUGUCAGGAACAAAGCAGGAUCUGUUUAAGGUAAAUGCGAGAGAUGGGGUUCUGUUUGUAAACCAGCGAGUGGACAGAGAGGAGCUGUGCGCAAAAACCGCUCCGUGCGUAGCAAAUCUGAAAGCGGUGGUGGAAAAUCCCCUCGAGAUGCAUCAAGUUAUAGUUGAAAUAAUCGAUGUAAACGACAACUCGCCAAAAUUCCCCGAAGAAAACUACACAUUGGAGGUACUGGAGUCCGCCGUGGUGGGAUCUCGAUUUCAAAUGGAAGGAGCCCACGACUUGGAUGUUGGUUUGAAUUCCUUACAGUCAUAUAAGCUGAACAACAACCAGUAUUUUCGACUGGAAACAGAGGAAUCUGGGGAGGAUGGAAAAGUGCCAUUCCUGAUUUUACAACGACCUCUGGAUAGAGAACACACAGCUCAACACUGGUUACAAUUAACAGCGUCAGAUGGAGGGAAACCAUCGAAAUCUGGCGCAAUUAAUAUAACCGUUAUUGUGUCAGACAUUAAUGAUAACUCUCCCGUGUGUCAUAAACAGAAAUACACCGUGACAAUUAAGGAAAACGCACCAGCGGGGACAUUUCUUCUGACAGUGAACGCAACAGACUCGGAUGAGGGUAUGAACGGUGAGAUCGAGUAUUCUCUGAGGGGUAAACUCAGAGGCCUGUCUUCUGAGCCGUUUGAUUUGGAUCGUAGAACUGGCAGACUAACAGUGAAAGGAGGCCUCGAUUACGAAGAGAAGCAGGUCUAUGAGAUUAAGGUACUGGCUGCGGACAAAGGGGCAGUGUCUCAGUCCACACACUGCAACGUGGUGGUUAGAGUGGAAGACGUGAACGAUAACCAUCCCGAGAUAGAGAUCACGUCCCUCUCCAGUCGCAUUCCAGAGGACGCACCUCUUGGCACGGUGGUGGCGUUGAUGGGUGUGACGGACUUGGACUCAGGUGUAAAUGGUCAGGUCGUGUGCAGUGUGCCUGGACAUUUGCCUUUUGACCUAAAGCCGUCCCCUGACGGACAGUCAUACUCUUUGAUCACCAGGGACUACCUGGAUAAGGAAACGAUGCACACGUAUGAGAUCGCGAUAACAGCUAAAGAUUUAGGGAGCCCCGCACUGUCAUCUACCAAGGUGAUACAGGUUGAUGUGCUAGACGUCAAUGAUAACAGUCCUUUGUUCAAAGAGACCCCAUACACUUUUUAUGUGCCUGAAAAUAACAAGGCUGGAAUGUCAAUGUUUGCAGUGCGUGCGAAUGAUGCCGAUGAAGGUGAAAAUGCAGCAGUCACAUAUUCACUCGACCGGAAGAGUCCAGGUGUAACCUCCUUUUUAAAUAUAAACGAAGCCAAUGGCACGAUAUUAGCGCUGAAAAGUUUCGACUUUGAAGCCGUGAAAAAGUUCAAGUUCCACGUUGUUGCUUCAGAUUCUGGAACUCCAUCACUGAGCAGCAACGUCACAGUGAACGUGUUCAUUCUGGAUCAGAACGACAACGCUCCAGUCAUCCUGUAUCCAGUCAGCUCCAACGGUUCUGCUGAAGGUGUGGAGGAGAUUCCCCGCAAUGUGAACGCAGGACACUUGGUGACUAAAGUCAGAGCCUAUGACGCUGAUAUAGGAUAUAACGGCUGGUUACUGUUUUCACUGCAGGAAGUUACUGACCACAGUCUCUUUGGCUUGGACCGCUAUACAGGACAGAUCAGAACACUUCGCUCAUUCACAGAGACAGACGAGGCUGAGCACAAGCUGCUCAUACUGGUCAAAGACAAUGGGAACGUGUCACUCUCAGCAACAGCUACUGUCAUCGUCAAAGUUGUGGAGCCCAAAGAAGCUUUUGCAGCUUCUGAUGUGAAAAGUUCAACAAAAGCAGAGGAGGAUAGUAACGUGACUUUUUACCUGAUGAUAACUGUGGGCUCAGUUUCAGCUCUUUUUCUCGUCAGUAUCAUCGUGCUGAUUUCAAUGCAGUGCUCAAAGUCCACAGACUACACUUCUAAAUAUCUGCCAGAGCCUAAUUAUGAUGGGACACUGUGUCACAGCAUCCAGUACAGAUCUGGAGACAAACGCUACAUGUUAGUUGGACCCAGAAUGAGUAUAGGAUCUACUAUAGCCCCAGGAAGCCAUGCCAACACACUAAUGCUGCCUGACAGGAGAGGGACAUCUGGAGAGGUAAGACAUGUUUUGAUUUCGAAUUAA